AUGGAUUUCAUGAAGGUGAUCGAUCAGACCGUCCGAGAGAUAAAGAGGGAGGUGAACCUCAAGGUGCUCAAGGUGCCGGAAAUCGAGCAGAAGGUUCUAGAUGCCACCAGCGACGAGCCGUGGGGUCCUCACGGCUCCGACUUGGCUGACAUUGCCCGGGCCACCAAAAGAUAUGGUGAAUGUGCAAUGAUCAUGAAUGUGUUGUGGCAACGGCUGGGGAACACUGGUGCAAAUUGGCGCCAUGUGUCUAAGGCGUUGGCUGUGAUUGAGUAUCUUUUAGCUAAUGGAACUGAACGUGUUGUCGAUGAAAUUAUUGACAAUAGCUCACAGAUUGCGAAACUUACAAGUUUCGAGUAUGUGGAGCCUAAUGGAAAAGAUGUUGGGCUCAACGUGCGGAAGAAGGCUGAAAAUGUUCUAGCUACUGUGGAUGAUAGGGAUAAACUUCAGCAAAUCAGAGAGAAUGCUGCUGCUACGAGGGAUAAGUACUUUGGUUUGUCAUCAACUGGAAUAACGUACAAGUCAAGCGCAGCAUCUGGCAAUGGCAGCUACUCAUCUGGUAGUCACUAUGGGAGCACACAGAGUUCAAAAGAAGCUGACACAUCCAGUAAUAGCUACAGAGGCAAGGAAUGGAGUAACCAAAGUAAAGAAACAAUUUCAAAUUUUAGAAGUACUAGACAAAUGUCGAGAAAAAACACAAACAGUGCAACUAACUAUAAUAAGCCAAUAAAGGGAGAACGGCGUCACAGGAGAAAUCAAGAUCCUCCAACAUCACACCUGAAAUCAUCAUCAAAUCUUCAUUCCACAUCUGGAGGAACAAUUUCACAGAAAGCAAAUAAAGACGACGAUGACGACUUCAACCCUCGAGGACCUUCCACAUCUGGAAGAGCUAAUGUGAGCUCUAAUCAUAUGGAUCUCUUUGGACCAAGUUUAAUGGAUGACCUUGUGGACACCACUGCAUCUACUUCAAGAGCUCUGCCACGUGCUGGAACUGCUUCUGUGCCAGAAGUUAAUUUAUUCGCUAAUGCAGAUUUCCAUUCUGCUACUCCAGCAACUGGUUCUCACGCACAGGACAUUAUUGAUCUAUUUGCGGGCAGAUCAUCAUUUGCUGAUUCCAUUAAUUCAGAUACAGAAUUCUCAGGAUGCGGAAGUAAUAAAUCCUCAGAGCAUAAUCCAUCUUGCCUUGCACAUUCUUCAGCCUCUGUUUUCGAUCCCUUCCAACCAUCCUUUGCAACAUCAUUCCCUUCAGACACAGGGUUCUCAGCGCGUGACACCCCAGGUUCAGGUCUUAAUGAACCAAGACAUGAUCCUCCUGUAAGUGUCAAAAGUUCUGAUCAUAGUCCUUUAGAGGAGCUGAAUUUUGGUGCCUUCACUUCACAUACGGAAUUGCCUAAAGCAACUGCUAUCAAAUCCUUGAACAAAUCACCCACAAAGCCAGAGCCAGCCUCUAUGUCAGCAUCAAAAACAGAUGUGAAGAAAGGAGCCUUUCAGGUCAAGUCUCGCAUAUGGGCUGAUUCUUUGAGUCGUGGCCUGAUUGAUCUGAAUAUAACUGCCCCAAAGAAGGUCCAUCAUUCAGAUAUCGGGAUUGUUGGGCAAAUGAGUAACGGAUCUGAGGAGAAAGCCUCAGCUGCUCCAUGGUACAUGGGUGCAACUAUGCUCGAUGGAUCAGGCCGUGGCAGUUCUGGCUUUCCGUUGUCCACAGGAACCAAUGGUGUUGGUGGAGCAGAGAUUUCUAGCACCAGCAGUUUGGAAACAUCUAUUGACUUUGCAUCAAGAAGUUCUACUUUGCCUUGA